AUGACCUCCUUCCCUGAAGCCAAUGCUAAAUUUGCCUCUUACCUUUUCCAUCGGUUGAGUGAGGCACAUUUCUCUGACAAUGUCUUGGUCUCUCCAAUUAAUGCUGCCAACAGCCUGGGUCUGCUUCUCUUAGCCUCUAGAAAUGAACAGGCAAAUGAGCUUGAGAAGGUGCUUCACUGGGAUGAAAUGGAAGACAGUGACAGAUGCAGCAACAGAAGGCACUUGGAAGCAGCCAGAAGCUCUGGAAGAUCAACAGCUAAACUCAGGGCACAGGAAAGAUCUGAAAGCUGCCCCAAUACUUCACUUCAGCCUCAACCUCAUCCUGAACCGGCACAUCCCAAACCUAAGCCGAAGCCAGAACCAGAGCCUUCUCCUUCCGCUGAGAAAAAUGCUCCAGAUUCUGAAUCUGAGACCCCUAAAGAAGUUCAUACUGCGUUCAGCAGAAUCCUUGCCGUUCUUAAUAAACCCAACCCCAACUAUACACUGUCUUUUGCCAGCAAGUUCUAUGGAGACUAUGCUGUUUCUUUCCUCCAGAAAUUCAUUUACAAUGCUCUGAAACUGUACUUGACAGAUGUGGUGGGAGCUAAUAUCCAUAAUGCACCAGAGGAAGUGAGAAAACUGAUCAACCUUUGGACUGAAGUUCAGACCCAUGGUGAAAUCAAGGAACUUUUCCCCAAGGACAGCUUUGAUUCUCUUGCUCAGCUGCUGCUGGUGAAUGUGCUCUACUUCAAAGGACAAUGGGACAUUAAAUUUGACAAAGAGAUUACAACAGAAGCACCAUUUUAUGCACAUGAUAGUGACCACUACACUGUACAAUUGAUGCAGAGGAAGGGCAUUUACAAUACAGCCAUCACUGAUAUAGCCAAUGUACAAGUACAGGUGUUGGAGAUUCCCUACAAAAACAAUGAGCUGAGCUUUUUCAUCCUGCUGCCAACAGACUACAGUACUGAGGCUCUUCAACAGCUAGAAGAUGGGCUUUCCUACAAGAACCUGCUUGACUGGCCCUGGAUUCUAAAGCCUGAAGAGGUGGCAGUAUCCAUUCCCAAAUUCAGCUUAGAGAAGAGCCUCUAUCUUGAUGAACUCUUGGAUCUUUUAAAUCUGUCAGAUUCUGAAAGAGCAAAUUUCUCUGGGGCAACAACAACAGAAGGUGUGACUCUGACGCGGUUCCUUCAUGAUACUUUUAUUGAGAUUGAUGAGGAUGGCGGUGAGGAAGCUGGCUCAUGCUGUUUCCACAGGCACUCACAUCAGGAACCAGUGAAGUUCAUGGCUAAUCAUCCCUUCAUUUUUUAUCUCUUACAUAAAUCUACUGAGAGCAUCCUUGCCUUAGGUAGAUUUGCCAAACCUGAGUAAAACAAAGGGUCAAUGGGAAUAUGAAUAGCAAAAUUCAGAAAGCUGCAUUAUUUUAAUGUUCCAUUCCCUGUCUAAUAUUCCACAAUGCCAGUCAUUGCAUAGAUUUGGGCAAAGAAGUCUUUCAUCAGGUGAUAGAGCUAAUUACCAUGCUAUGAUGCCCUUAAGCUUUUUGUCUUAAUUUCCUACAAUUUCCUUCUAGUGUUUUAUAUUGGGUCAUCCUCUGGCUUCUGUAACAAGAAUAUGACAAGAAAUGUCAAAUAUACAUCCAUCUCUUUAAGAUCUUUGAAAAAUGCAGUAGCUAGGAAUUGCAGUUUCCCGUAGCUCAUCAGCACUGUUGUUAAAGGAGGAAAUUCUGCUUUUCUCCCUUCUGUGGGAUUCUUAAACAGACCUGUUUCUUUGGGAUAAGAUGAACUCAGAUCAGCCUUUCCCAUCCUUGGUAUCUUCUAACUGUAUAGGCUUUGACUCCCAGAAUUCUCAGCCAUGGCCAUCCGUCAGGGAAGGUGCCUUAAAUUAAGUGCAGUGAAUCUGAGACCUGUUUCUCAGUUACAGUGCUAGCUGUAGGUAUUUUUGUAUCUGAUGCAUAAGUUCCAAAGGAUGCCCACUGCUAUGUAGAGUAAGAAUCAGAGAACCAUAAAGUUGGAAGCAAUCUUAGCUGUCAUUUAGUCCAACAUCUGCUCAGUGCUGGACCUGCUAAAGCAUUCUGAACAUAUGGUAUUCAAGCCUCUGUUAGAAGGCCUCUAGAUUCUUCAUCUUAGCUGAGAAAGCUAGAUGAAGCCCAAGAACAGGAAAAUUAGUAGAAACUGUUUUAGAUACACAUUCUCAUGUUGCUUUGUGAUACAGCCUGCUUGAGAAAUGAUAUGUAGGGAUUCUGUUCUCUUACUUUAACUCAAGUCAACACUGGUCCUAUAUUUUUUACUUGGGAGUAUGUCUGAUUGAACUGAAUGGGACGUACUUUGGAGCCGAGUUGUGCUGAAACUGUAAUAUAAUCUGGCUUUUUCAAAGAGUGGAUGUUAACCCUAAAAAUGUUCCUCUGAAGCUUCUGAGAUGCUUGCUUUUCCUGGAAUGUAUGAAAUUCUACCGCCUCUUUG